AUGGACCAGCCAGCCGAAGAGCUUCUUCGCCAUAUCACUUUACGCAAUGGUCACAUCACACUCUUACCGCAGGCAGUGACCAAGUUGGAUCUUUCACCCAUAAGCUUGCCGCAACCAACGCCCGUCAAACAACACUUACAGGCCUGGAUCAACGAAUGUAAACAAAUCCAAGAGGCAAUUGAUCUGCGACACCGAAAAACCGCGGAAUUUGAUACCUGGUACGCAGAAAACUGUUUAUCCAAACGACCACCUGGAAUGACUACCAACGGAGUUCUGUCACCAGCACGGCGUAAGGAAUAA